AUGAUGGGCGAUAACGUGAGUAAUAACAUAACGCGAGGUGUUCUUCAUUUAGUCGUCGAUUCUGCCGGAUUUAUUAGAAAUGCUCCGUUGAAGGAUUUAGGCGAGAACAUCUACACUAUCCAGGAGGUGGUUAGUGAGAUUAAGGACCCGGCCACAAGGAUGAGGUUGCAAGUCCUGCCAUAUGACUUGAAUUUCAGAUGCCCUAGUCACGAUUCCAUAAAAGCAGUGACAGAUUUUUCUAAAAAGACCGGAGAUUAUCAAUCUUUAUCAGCUGUUGACUUGCGCGUACUGGCCCUGACCUACCAACUAGAAGUCGAACACGUAGGAAAGGAUCACAUCAAGACUGCUUCAACCAAAACCGUUAAAUGUGAAAUAAAAAACUCCAGAACCGAUCCAUUGCCUAUUGGAUUUUAUUCUAGCAAGAAGCAAAAGACAACGACUUCAGAAUGUCAGAAUGAGAUUUUGACGCCGGCAAACACGCCUGCUCAACAGCAUGAAUUGAAUGAUGACAACAAUAACAACAACAAUGAGGAAGACGUUGGCAAAAACAUCAUCAUCAACAACACUAACGACGAUGACGGUAACAAAGGCAACAACACUUCCGAUGUUGCCAACAUAUGUACAAAUAAUAAUAAUAUUUACAAUGGCGGUAAUUAUUCAUUUGAAAGAAACAAUGAUGAUAGCGAUGGAAAAUUUGGAAUUGACAUCUGCAAGUUAUCCCUGGCUCUCAAAAAUGCCGCCAAAAAAGAUGGAGAGAGUGACGAAAACGAGGAAAGAGAUGAUGAUGAUGGUGACAAGGAGGAAGAGACUUGCAGUGCUGAUGAUAGUCAUGAUGACGAUGAUAAUGAUGAUGAUGACAAAAGUGAGUCUGAGGAAGAUUUUGAAGGUGAAACAACCAUGCAAGGUGAUGUUGCCAAUGAGGGUGAUGAUGAUGAUGAGGAAGAAGAGGAAGAGGAAGAAGAUGAUAAAAAUAAAGAUGAUGACGACGACGACGAUGAUGGUGGCUGGGUGACAGUGUCAAACAUAAAAAGUUUGAUGAAGUCCAACCCCAACCAGCACAUCAAUACUGUGAAUGAGCAGAUUGUAGUUGCAUGUUUAACUACUGAUUUUGCUAUGCAGAAUGUACUUAUACAAAUGGGACUGAGGGUUUUAUCAGUAGACGGUCUACUCAUCAAACAGACCAAAAAUUAUGUGCUGAGGUGUCAUGCAUGUUUGAAGAUAACAAAAAACAUGAUGAAAAAAUUCUGCUCCCACUGUGGCAACCAAACCCUUCAGAAAGUCUCCAUGUCAAUCGCCGAAGAUGGAAGUGUCGUCUGCCAUCUAUCCAAAUACAAAAUACCCUCCGCCAGGGGUACAAGGUAUUCCCUGCCAAUGCCAAAAGGUGGCAAAUAUAACCAUGAUCCAAUCUUAUGCGAGGAUCAACUAAAGACCAAACAACGUACCAAGAAAAUGUCCAAAGUCGUUGACGUUUUCGACCCUGACUACUUGGGCCUUAGCUCUCCAUUCGCUCUCAAUGACGUCACCAGUAGGGCGACGUCACUCGGCUUCAACAAGAAAUCGAGAAGAUCGGAUGUCGUGGAUGUUUUUGAUGGCAGGAGGAAGAAUCCUAACGAGAGUAGGAAGAAAACGGGCAGACGAAAAUAGGAAAUAAAUUUGCGCGCGAUUUUCAGUCUUUGAGUUCAUUUGUAUAUGUGCGAGUUUUUUUAAACUAACUUUUAAGAUUUGAUCUUAACUUUCUUUCAUCUGUGACUUUUUCUGUUAAGAUUUGGUCUAUAUUUUGAUUUUUUUCUAGUGGUGUGGCUGAAAUGUUUCAAGGCAGGUUUGAAAAACUCUAUUUGUCUAAUAAUAGCUAUAAUAAUAUUAUAUAAGUUAUAUUUUAUUUAUUUAUUCAAAAAAAUAUGAUUCCAUUAA